AUGGAGACAUCAGUAGACAGAGGAGAGGGCCAUGUCAGCUCGUUCUGCCAAAGUAUCCCACUUUAUGACAUGGACAUGAAACUGAGCAGGAGUGACCUGUACACCUUCCAGAGCAGUGAUCUAAAACCAGCCAAGGCCAGAGGAGUACAGCGAUGUCUAAAUGUUAUUGUCGUUUACCUCAUCCUUCUGACUACACUGAAUGCCUUCCUCCUUUACAAAGUGUUUUCGACGGAGUCUAGUAGUCUCUCCUCCUCUGGCUCCAGAACAGCGAAGCUGACCGACAAUCACAUCCCCCUGGGGACGGACCAGGAGGAGGACCUCCGUACCCUUGCCAGAAACACCAGCUUGGAGACCAUCUCUCUCAGAGGAUACCUGGGGAAGUUACAGACCCAGGUCUCCAGCCUCUGUGGGGAGGAUGGCCAGCUGGGCCAACUGAGAACGAACCUGGGUGCGGUCAACACCAGCACCACUCUCCUUCAGGACUCAGUGAAAGCAUUCAGAUUACUCAAAGCUUCACCAGGCCCACAGGGACCUACUGGUCCACCUGGUGCGAGGGGGUUACCUGGUGUGAGGGUGGACAAGGGAGACAGGGGUGAAGAUGGUACCACUGGGCAACAAGGACCAGCUGGAACACCAGGUAGACCCACUACUAAUUGUUCAGGAGCCCCUGGGCUGCCAGGACCAAAGGGGGAUAUGGGACACAUUGGUUUACCAGGGAUACCAGGCCAGAACGGGAUCAAAGGGCAUACUGGACCCCAGGGCCGUGAUGGAGUACAGGGGGCCCCUGAUUGGAAGGGUGACACAGGGCCGACAGGACUACCUGGACCCAUAGGACCUGAAGGACCAAAAGGACCUGCUGGUGUUAAUGGAACAAGAGGACUUGUUGGAUUUCCAGGGUUGCCGGGAAGUCCCGGACCACUAGGUCCACGUGGAGAGAAGGGUGAAAGAGCAGCUGGACCAGUGACAGCAAAUGUGCGUAUCGCUGGCGGGGGGACUCGUGGGAGAGUGGAGGUGAUAUGGUCGGGGCAGUAGGGUACGGUGUGUGAAGACGGCUUCGACACUCUGGACGGGACCGUGAUCUGCAAGAUGUUGUUGAAUCUCAUGGACUUGGCUUCUGGAUUGGGUUGUCAUCGUUUAGGAAUCGGUAGGAUCUGGUUGGAUGACCUGCGAUGCACAGGCAGAGAGGCCAGUGUGUUUGAUUGCCUUCACAACGGCAUGGGCAUCAACUGUCAACACAACGAGGACGCUGGGGUGCAGUGUGUGUGAAUGUGUCCUGGAUCCAGAGUAGGAGAGGUGCACAGCAAGAGAGAGACAUAUACACACACUAAAGUAUGUCCACACAUACAUUAACAUGUUACAGAUGG